AUGUUCCCUGCUGCAUCCUUGUUGACAAUUAUUCUCCUGGCCUUGUCCAUCGCGGCAUCACCUUUUCAAAUUCGCGACUCCCCCAUCACCCUCCCCAUUGCCAGGAGGUUAAACGUCUCCGAUGGUUCUAUUAACCUCUUGCAGUACGAUAAAGCUCGCGUAGCUGCCCUUAAGGCCGGCUACCAUCUUGGUAGCCCCCCUGUGACAAACGUUGCCUCAUACUACAUCGCAAAAGUUGGCAUUGGCAGCCCCCCUACAGCCUACGAUUUGAUUGUCGACACCGGCAGCUCGAACACAUGGGUUGGCGCCAACACUGCGUACGCGGUAACCAGCACCAGCGUCAACACUGGUCAGCCUGUGGAUGUCGGCUACGGUUCUGGUUUCUUCUCUGGAACUGAGUACACCGACACCAUCACUCUCGGUAGUGGACUCACUAUCACCAAGCAGUCGAUCGGCGUUUCUUCUUUUGCGGUGGGCUUCAGUGGUGUUGACGGUAUCCUUGGCAUCGGGCCUGUAGGCUUGACAGAGGGUACCUUGACGAAUUCGCCGGCAUUGACGAUCCCGACUGUCACUGACAACCUGCAUAGCCAAGGCACUAUUUCUCAGGGGGUUGACACAAAUGGAGAGCUCACCUUCGGUGGACCUGACGUUUUCAAGUACACCGGCGACAUUGCAUACACUCCUAUCACCACCACAAAACCUGCAUCGGCCUAUUGGGGUAUCAAUGAGAGCAUCACCUACGGCUCCACGACGAUCUUGUCCUCCACUGCUGGUAUCGUCGAUACUGGCACCACCCUUCUUUACGUUGCAACCGAUGCCUACAACAAAUACAAGUCUGAAACCGGCGCUACUCUGGAUGGGGCAACUGGUCUUCUCCUCGUUUCUUCUACCCAGUACAGUGCCCUCAAGAAUUUGAACUUCAAUAUUGGCAGUAACACCUUCAGUCUCACCCCUAAUGCCCAAAUCUGGCCUCGUUCUCUCAAUGCCCCUAUUGGUGGUAGUAGCAAAGCUAUAUAUCUCAUCGUUGCCGACAUUGGCACGCCCAGUGGCUCAGGGUUUGACUUUAUUAACGGCUACACAUUCCUCGAGCGCUUCUACUCUGUGUACGAUACCACCAACUCCCGCGUCGGUUUUGCCAAAACUUCGUACACUGAUGCCACCACUAACUAACAUGGAAUUGCCAAAGUACACAAAGUAUCGUUUUUUUAGAUAUGGAUUUGAAGGUUGUACGGUACUUAAGUAGGCUAUGAAGGUCUUAUUCUUCGGUCAAUUUUGUGUAUGAUUGGAUUAUGACAAUAGUAUC